UUCUCCAGCUCUAUUCGUCACGUAUCGUCGUCCAUUUUUGUUAAAAAUCUGACGGAAAAAUUUAAAAAUUAAGGGAACCUUAACAAUAAACCAAACAAUUAACGACAGUGCAUUUCAGUGGCCUUUGAAAUACUGCUCAAAUAACUAGCAAGCAAUAUUAUAACUAUAUAUCACUUAUACGACUUAACUGCAAUCUGAAUCAUUUGUGCGUGCGUAUGUGCCAGCGGAGGAGUAGUAGUAAAAUACAAUAAAAAAGUAAAUAAAGCGCGUGUGAAGUGGUGCAGAAACUCGACGGAAAUAUAUACAUAGUGCAACGCCGAAAAGCCAACAAAGGAAGAACACGACGCUUUCAACAGCAGCUGUGCAACAACUGUGGCAAUAAUCAGAAACAAAUUUACCCAGCUACAAAUUUACCAACUUUUCACCGAGAACCUUAACAAUAGCGAUGGCCUGUGCAACACUGAAACGCACCUCAGACUGGGAGUCGUUGAACCAGCGUCCCCCCAAGCGUAGGCGUUGCAAUCCCUUCGGCCAGUCGGGCAGCAGCUCCCCGUCGCGGAUGGACCGUGAUGGACCCACCAUUUCUUCGGGGAUAACGCACACGCCCAGCAAUCGCUAUGCCAAAGACAGCACCGAGCCGAGCCCAUUCUCGGAGGCCGCUCUGGCCAAGAUGUCGCCUGACAAAAUGGCCGAGAACUUGUGCAAUGAAAUCAAAAGACUGCACAAGCGCAAGCAAUUGCCGAUCACAGCGGCCGCCAUUGAGCGCAUGCAGGACUCCGAGUCGAGCGGCUCUGAAAUGGGACCGGAGAGCCCGCGCCGCCCGGACAGCCCACCGAACCUGAUGCGCCACGGCGAGAAGGCGCUGUUCACAUUCAAACAGGUGCAGCUCAUAUGCGAGAGCAUGAUCAAGGAGCGCGAGAAUCAGCUGCGCGAACGCUACGAGUCCGUGCUGACCACCAAACUGGCCGAGCAGUACGAUGCCUUUGUGAAAUUCACAUACGACCAGAUACAGCGUCGUUACGAGGCAGCGCCUAGCUACUUGUCGUAAGGCUGCGUGAGCUUUUGAGCCACACCAAAAAAAAAAAAAAGAAAGAAAUUAAUAAUUGCACUACGAUCUUAUGUGGACGGUAGAUCUACCGAGACAACAACAGCCCUCAUUUAAACUAAAGCAAGAAAUAAGGAAAACUAAACAACAACAAAACAAAAAACAACAACAACAUACAAGAAAACUACCAUACAAACAUUGUGUUUAUGAUAUAUAUUUUGAAAUAUACGCGAAGGAAGCAGA